AUGAAAUGGGAGUUGAUAUUGACCUCUCAUUCAAUUCGAUCACUACCCUACGAAAUCGACAGCAUAGAAAAGAAGGAGGCCAAAGAAACUAAAGAAAUCAAAGAAACUAAGGAAACCAAAGAAACCAAGGAAACCAAAGAAACCAAAGAAACCAAAGAAACCAAAGAAACCAAAGAAGCCAAAGAAACCAAAGAAACCAAAGAAACCAAAGAAACCAAAGAAACCAAAGAAACCAAAGAAACUAAAGAAACCAAAGAAAUCAAAGAAACCAAAAAAACCAAAGAAACCAAAGAAGCCAAAGAAGCCAAAGAAACCAAAGGAACCAAAGAAACCAAAGAAACCAAAGAAACCAAAGAAACCAAAGAAACCAAAGAAACCAAAGAAACCAAAGAAACCAAAGAAGCCAAAGAAACCAAAGAAACCAAAGAAGCCAAAGAAAUCAAGGGGGCCAGAGAAAGCAAGGAAAUCACAGGAAACGAUGGAAAUAAAGAAAUGGGGACAAAUUCAGUUGUCAAGGGGGAAAACACCAAUAGUGGUGGGAAAACCUGGAAGAGGAGGAAAAAGCGCAAGCAGUUUGGUAUAAAUCGCUUAUUUUUGGUGAAAAAAACCCAAUUUUAA